AUGUCGCAGACUGUCGUCAAUAACGAAGCUUACACAGAUGUGGUGGAACUGUGUGCCCUGUUACAAUGCCUCGGGUUCAGCGUCAAGUCCAUGGAUACGAGCGACGGUAACCUCAGCCAGGAUGGAGGCGUCAGGAGUGUUGUUAUCAAUUGUCAGUCAUCUGGUCUCCACGUGGUGUUGGAGAGUGCCAGCCUGUCUUGUUCCUGUCCCACCACUGCGAGCCAGCAGACCAGUGGGAUCUGGCAGGUGUCUGGCAUGACCGGGGGGAAACAUUUAGAUAAGGAAUUCGGAUGCUCCCUACUUGGGUCGUUACCAAAGAGUCAUCGUGAACGUCUUUCGAAGGAACUUCACGAGAUGAUUAGAUGCAUCAAGCAACACAAUGAAUCGGAUGCUGAGAUGGGCAAAGAGGCCAUAGCUAAUAGAUCGUCUAGUAUGGUUGAACUGAACACUCCUGAAAAACGGGACUUUCCCUUGAAAACUGACACACCAACUCGCUAUCGAUCUUUAGACACGUUAACAGCAGCUAAGAAAAAUAACGACCAGAUCCCAGAGCCCGGGCCAUUGCACAAGGUAGAACAUGCUGAUGUUUCUGCUGAUGGAAACAAAGAAAAGAAGCAAAUUAUGUGUCGUAGACAGAGCACGUACACGCUAUCUUCUACUCCUGGCAGCGUCCGCAGGCGAAAUAAAACUUCAAGUCCAAUACACACUUCUCAAAACACUUUAUUGGACAACUUGAUAGCUGCAGAAAAGGCGGCAGAGGAUUUGCAUAACAAGCUAGUAUGCGUGAUUAGGGAAUAUGUGGAAGACGGCAAACACGAUUCUUCGAUGUCCUCGCUGACGCUGGACGUCUCUAAGAUUUCAUUACUUAAGUGUCCAGAUGCAUCCAAAGCUCAAUUUGCAUCGAGUCCAAAUUUAUCUGCAAUGGGUGUUGCCAAAGAGGACUUCAAUAGGCUGAAGAGAUUUGAAAGCGUUUCAACAUCAAAUCUUGCCCCUAAAUCGACAGUUGCUAAAGAAAGCAAGAUUACAUCGAGAUUACGCCGUAUAUCGCCCAAUCUUUUUAAAUCGAAGAAAGAAUCUCCCAGUGUUAAAAUAGACAAGCCUGAUGCUCGAAGUAAACUGAACAGUCUAUUCAAACCAAAAAUAGUAACUCCAGUACGUACGCCCCGAGCGAACCCAGAAGCAAGCCCCGGCCUUAGCUCAUCACGAAAGAAGUUCAGCCAUGUAAAGUCAACUAUACCAAGACCUGCUAAAAAAGAAUAA